UCGCAACGCGGAAGCGACGAACGAGGAAAGGGCGAAUCCACGUCACUGAGGUGUCAUAUUGGCGUCAGUGCAACACAAGGUGCUACCUAUCCCAGAUAUUUUCAUUCAUGUAGGUUAUAAUAACUCGUAUGACCACAAAACGAAGGUAUAUCCGUCUGUUUGUGCGCCGGAGGGGGUCCUCGGUGGAGACUCCGGGAUUCCUCUGAAGAGUGGCCCACUGCCUCAGCUUUUAAAUGGGUGAAUCAGGCUCACGGCGAUCAACUCUUGUUUCCCGCCUGCCAAUCUUCCGCCGCAGCAGCAGCAAGAGGCAGGAGUCCCUUCCCUCCUCUCCAUCUUCAGGCGGAGUGGGAAAUGGCGUCCACACCUCCUCGCCUUCCAGCACCAACUCCAGCUCCGGCAGCACCGGGAAACGGCGGAGCCUGUUCCGCACGCCGUCUCUCAGCUUCGCAAGUAAACGGAACAGCGAUCCACGUGUCCAGCCUAUCAACCUCAACCUCACACCGCCGCUGACACAGGGCACCGAUGCCAACGGAAAUAAUCAGCAGGCAAUAAGCACGUCGGUGUCAACGGGGUUCAGCGAUGGCGGCGGACGGCCCAAGUCACGCCACUCAUUUGGAUUUGGCAGCCACAAGCAAAAGAAAAUCACACGCUCUCAGACUGAGGACUUUGACAAGGCUUCAUCAUCGUCCUCUACGACCAAUCGAAAUGUGUUCAUCAACUGCAUCAGCAGCUCGGGAACCAAUGAGGGCGAUGACUCCGGGAUCCUCGAUGACUACAGUGGCGGCAGUAACAACAACAGACGGUCAUCACGCCAGAAGAAACAGCUGCUUCCGAAGUCUUUCUCAGCUCACCAACGCUUCUCCCGGACAUCUGAUCAUCACAGGCCCCCUGAAGUGAAGCUGGAGCCUCCCAGCACCACCGCUACCAUCACUCCAGGGGCAGGAGGGCUCACCCCAGGAUCCUGGCCUGGUGAACUUGGUGCUGGUGGUGAGAGCUCACUCCAGUCCCCUAUGAUAUCAGAGGAUCGAACCACAGCGAUCACUCCUUCCGAGUUCAUUCCAAUCACUGAAGACUCUGUAUCUGAAGUAGAUGCGCUGCCAGCUCCGAGCCCCGGAUCGGGUUCAGCACCAGAACCGGCCUCUACACCAGGGGUAGAUACGGAAGCUGCUCCACCCGAUCAUCCACCUGUUCCAGAAAACUUCAGCGUGGCUGUCUCUACCUCCCAGGUUUUCUUCACUCCUGCCCAAUCAAGCACUGAAAAACCCUUACUCCCGGACACCAGCACAGCCAACAACACGGACUAUGAAACUGCCGUUUCCGUCUCGGAGCCUGAGACGGCCGUACCCUGCCUACCUCUGCGGGAACAGUCACUGGAGGAGAGGAAGGAGAGGGAGGAGGAAAGGAAGGAAGUGAGGAAAGAGUUGUCAGCAGAGAAGAGGGAGGACUUGGACUUAGAGAGGAAGACAGGUUACCACACAGAGACCACAAGUGAGAGCGAGGCGUGCGUCGUACGCAGUGAGGGCUGCCACUCUAACCCUGAGCAGUCAGAGAGGAGGGCAAGAACCACGCGAUCUUUUCAAGAAAGAGGAAGCUUCUGCGGCUGCCAUGAACCCAGACCCUCUCACUUGAGGAAACCACACACAGCCUCACUGUGCAGCAGUGCCAGCCCCUACCACGAGGUGAUGCGGAUGGAAAGACGUCUGCGCUCCUCGUCCGAGGGGGCUGGUGGUCCUCGUAUCCAUGGAAACCACAGAGAAGCCCCCGGCAUGGAGGGAUGUGGUCUGCUCAAACACAGAAACAACUCCUCAUCGUCUAAACUCGGGAGCCUGGAUGUUCUGAACAACCUGGGUUCCUCGGAGCUGGAUGAAGACGACCUCAUGUUAGAUCUGGAUCUCUCCGAUGAUCAGCGACACCGACAUGUGUCCAGAGAAGACUCCAGCCAGUCUCUAGCUUCCUGUCUGAACCUGCUGCCCUCACCUUUGGACCCAUCUGGAGAUCGCAUUUUGGGAAAAGAAAAUAUUCAGAGGGAACCCUGCCGUCCAACCAGCCUGCUGCCUGCUGAGUGGAGUGCCGGGUUGGGCACGGGGAAGGAAGAUGACCCUUUACCUCUGGGACUGGAAACCCUUCCACUAAGACUCAUGCAGCAGGAGUGCACUGCUGUCAAAACCCUGCUUCUAAGGCUGAGACGGACACUGCAGGAGAGCACAGAGACAAGUCCUGCCAGCAGCCUUCAGUCUCUACCCAUCAGCCCUUGCAGUGAAAAAUCUCUUCCGUUUAAGGAUCCCAGCAGAGAGGAAGCCUUGCUGCAACAACUGAGAGAGAAAGAUGAGCUGAUUAUGAAACUCCAGAGCGAACUGGAGAGUGCCAAAGCUGCCCUGAAGAUGAAAGACUGCCAAAUGACUGACCGCACAACACAGACUGAACACAUGGGGCCAGAGAUCAAUCAUCCAGGCCGGUGGUCAGGACUCGGCAACAGCAGCAGCACCAGUCUGGCCCCAAGGGACCGAAGGGUGGUACGGGGUGCACUCGUAGGGGACCUCUCUAACCAGCACUUCCCACAACACUAUCCACCUCUGCAUAGCCGGCCUCCUGCUUCUGAGCGGCACACUGCCAGGGAGGAGCGCCAUCACCAGGGGGUCUUGGCGCAGUCGGUGGCCCGUAACCCUGUUCUAUACCUGGCUCCAGGCUCCUCUAACCUGUCCUCUGCCACUUCUGCAGCAUCGGCCCAAAGCUCGUCUACCACACCUGCCCAGCUCCAAGUUUCACACCUGGGCCUCAGUCAGAAUCAAUGCCCAGUGUCCAAUUCGGUGGCCGGUACUCAUUCUCCAGUUACAUCACUGUCCUCCAAGCUACUGGAGGGGGUAUCCUCUUCUUCUGCAGAGUCCUUAACUCCAGGAGGAGGAGGAGGAGCAAGUCUGCCAGGUGGAGGGAGGAGAGGAGGAGGAGCAGGAGGAGGAGAUCACCAUCCCCCCAGCCAGAUCCCUCGUGCAGUCGGGGCCAGUGCUUCUUCAAGUCUCCACAGUCUUGUGAGCAGAGGGAGCCCCUCUGCUAGCAUCUCUUCAUCUGAGCAAGUCUCCCCUCCGCCUCCUACUCCUUCCUCCAUCUCCUCUUCUUCCUCCUCAUCCUCCACGUUUACCGGCCGUUUGGGACAACCACCUCGAGGCCCGCUGUCUCUGCAUAGCUACAGUCGCAAAAAUGUCUUCCUCCAACAUUCCCUACAUACUGCCGAACUGCAAGCUCUGACACAGAGAGACAGUUGAGAGCACACAGUCACACUAUUCCACCUAUAAGCAGCCAUAUCAUCAACCUAAGUGACAACAUAGUGGCUUAAAAGCAAAACUGCUGCUCCUUCAGUACGAGUUGUCCAUGUUUCACUGCCUCAGUAUCGCCCUGAAUCACGAACCGUGCGCGCUUACAAUCACAUUUGUCUCUCUUUGCAAUCCAGACGAGCCCUUUGCUGACAUUUUGUUCAUAAAUUUGCUCUGAUAAACAAACACUUAGCUACAAGUGCACACACACACACACACACGCGCACACACACACACAUCUAGCUGUGAGUAUGAAAAAGGCACUCACCCGUCUGUCAGACCUCCCACGUUGUGUCAUGCUGACAGUUUAGAUGUGCUUACGCCCACAGACACACAAAGUGCACACAAACUCACAACCUCAAAUCCAUGCACACAUACGCAAAUCUUGUCAUGCACACAUUAAAAUACACACUCCUCACACAGAGACAUCAUCUGUGAUAUCUCCGCUUCACUAUCUGCACACAUAAGAGGGUGGUGAACGCGAACAGAGAUGAGAUGUGUGCAUUGUUGAGAUUGUAUUUUUUAUCCAUUUAUCUAACCUUUUUUUUUUUUUAAAAAGUGAAAACCAUCUGCUGCUUAAGGAACUAUGGGACUUGCCAUGAAUUGCGCUUCUAAGUAUAUAUAUAUAUAUAUAUAUAUUCUCACAUUGCCAAAUCCUGCAUCAGAUCAAAUCCUCAUUGCGUGACGUCCACUUAAGGUCCAGAUUAAGGAACAUGUUUAGACGAACAGAUGCGACCCUUUUACUGCAUGCUUUCUAAGAUUUAUGAAGCGAUACAGGUGAGCAUUUUGUACCGCAACAAAACCGGGAUUGGGGCGACUUUUUAAAGUCUUUUCAUAACAAUUUCUUGGUGUGGAGAUUGAUGUCGGUGUUUAAAGAAGUGAAUCAUAACCAAUAAGAGCCCCGUUUGUAUAGAAAGAAACGUCCCUCCUUCUGCUCACAUAAAUAAUUAGAUUUACUCUGUGCUUCAAUCUGGACCACUGUUGUUUUUGUGCAAAUACCAUGCUGCGAUAUUACUUGCAUUAUAUACAAGAAUCAACAUGUACCUACAAUGUUAGAUUAGUAGAGUGCAAAAGCUGAAAUGAAGGGUUUCAUUUAAAAACGAGAUGCCUGCGACAUGAACAAUAUGACACCUAUAUAAAGUUCGCAAAAUCCCAGCGAGGUCUUCAAGCAGAGCACGGUUUUUCAAUUUGGCACAAGCGAUUUGAUGCAUUUCUUCAAAUAAUGAGAGGGAAGAAGGUGUCAGUUUUUGGAAUGAAACCCUUCAAGUCUUCUUCAGGGCUGGGUAUUAAACUUACUGGUGCUUUCUCAGUUUUUGGGGAUUCAGGAAGAAAAACUACAUCACUGAUGGAAUCAAACAGUCUGAUUAUUUUUUAGAGAAGCAGAUAAGGAAACAAAUGUGGUGUUGAAGUGUAUAUACUUGAUCAAGUGAAGAAAGGAAAGAAACAAAAAUCAGUUUUACAAACUCAUUUGUCAGAAGCACGAGCACCGGGUUUUUCCUCUGAUACGCAGCCCUUGUUAGAUCUUCCUGAUCUCAGUUCUGUUGCUUACACUUUAAAGAACUGACCUAAUGAGAUGGCAUUUUUGGUAUAACGGCAGUUUAGCUGUUUUGAACAAUGCGACACACACAUUUUGUUUUGAAAUUGAUAUUAAUUGAAACCUCCUUGACCUGCUGAGUCAUACAUUAUUCACAGUUUGGGGACAAGACAUGUAAUUUUUAAUAAGUGAUGAAACUUUUUACAACUGCACUGCAUAACGACCUGUUCCGUCUGCCGCUGGUGCAUAUAUUUGCUCUGCCGGCAAGACUUAUCAAACAGCCCUGCCACUCCCGACAGGUUUGGAGUACACAAAUAUUCUAAUGUUAGCCGGGCGGUGGGAGCCUGCACAUCUGCCGAGUGCAGACGGUUAGUUCACCGCUCCCAGCGUCUACAGAUUUCAGAGAAGUUCUUGACCUUGUCUGUUCCUGUCCCAGCACCAGGCUGUAGGGUAGCUGUAUAAAUCAUGUGUGUGUUGUAAUGUACACCUCAUGAGUCAAGGGGCUGGUAGAGGUGAAGAAAAGCCUAAAGGAUGGCAGCUCUGCUCCCAGCCAUGGAAGCUACAACUCUCCUUCCUGUCUGUUUUUUUUUCUUCUCCUUUUUUUUCCAACCUUCUACAUAUUUUCUUAUUUUGUCAUGUAUGCAAUCUGCUUAUUCUCCUCCGUCCCUCUCGUGAAGCAUGUGAUCUGUAGCUGCUUUUAUUUCUCUGUUCCUUUCAUCCUCCUUGCCCCUCUGUCGCACCCCUGGUCUCUCCACUCUAGCUCGCUCCUCUAGCCCAGCUUGUAUUGUCAUACAGCGUGUCUGUUACAGACUCUGUUGCAGUGGCAUUCAGUCCUGAGCUUUGGGACCCGCGGCGCUGCCGAUUUUCAUUCCAGUUUCCUAGUUGGGAAGUAAUUUUACACAUGGUAAAUGCAAUUAACUACCUGGUAGGAUAGACAGGCGGCAGUAAUAUGGCUCCUGAGGACUCGGGACUGAAAAACCGCAGCUGUAAUGCGAUCUAAACACUCCCUGCUCGGUUUGUUUACAGGUGGAGGGGAACAAUGUUUUGUCGCUGGCUGACCUCUUAAGAAAUUCUAUUUACAUCCCUCAUCUAUGCAUGCAUCAUAAUUUAGCUGAGGGCAUGUGAAACGUCUUAGGAGAGUGUUUAAAGCCGUUUCCACUGCCCACUCAGGUGUUAUUUUUUUCCACACACAGCUGCGCUCAUUUCCACUGUGUUUGAAUUUAAAACUUGCCACAGAGGUACUCUGCUGUUUAAUGUCAUAUGUCAAUGCCUGAAAACACAAGACAGCAGUUGAAAUGUGGCGUGGGCCUGUCUUAUGUGAAGACAUUUUACCUUUUCAGAUUAAAAGAAUAAACUGUUAGGAAACUAGAAUCAGCAAAAGUGGUACCUCUAAAUAUCUUUUUCUUUUCACCUAGCAGCAUGUUGUGGAUUUAAGACACUACAAACAUUUGUUGUGCAGUAAUUUAUUGUUUUGGGUAUUUUUGCCUUAUUUAUCUGUUUAUCACCAUAGGAGCAGUUUAAUAAGAAGUUUCUUGGCACUAAUAAAUAAAGAUAUUAGUGAAGAUAAUAACCACAACGGACAUUACAGUAAUAAUAAAACUGUCCUUGUUAGAAUUUUAUUGAAUUAAAGAGUUUUUAUGCUGUCCUAGCUCUUCAAUGUGCUUAUUGUAUUUAAAUCCUGUUUUGUUUUUUUCUUUUUGAAUGAAUAAUUGUACAUAAAUUAGUGAUUUGUCACGAACAGUUUGUGUUCUCAUAUGAUCACUAUUGACAACAGGGGUCAAAUGUGUUGUUUGCUGUCACACAGAAGAUUAAAAUAUAACAAAAACUGUUUUUUUGUUUUUGGUUUUACAUAAACGAGAGGUAAUUAGAGGUUACUAUUGGUUACACGCCAGAAAGCAAAUGUGAUAGUUUUAAUAAGUGUGAAGGCCAUUCUACUUUCUCUCUCCCUGCUUCAGCCUUUUGCUCCAGAAAGUGAACGAUGAUAAUCUGUUAAAACUGCUUUUUCCUCUUCAGGUCCCCAUGUAUGUCUUAAGUGUACAAAACUCUCGGGUAGACACGUGCUGUGAACCCCUGACCAGUUAGUCCACCAAUUUAUUAGAAAUAAUCCACCCACACGGAUGUGGAAGAAGAAAAAGAAACUCUUCAGAGUUUGCUUGAUCCUUCUUUAAAGUUUAGAAUUUAAAUUUUAUCUCUCUGACAAGGACUUCUUUUAAAGGACUAACUGGCGGUCGGUAUGCUUUGCUGUAUAUGUUUACCCAAAGUAUUUUUCUUUCCCCCCCACCCUCACAUUUCUUUCUUCAUAUGAGAACUAUUUUUUGUCCACUGUGUCCUUAUUGUUAAUAUUUAAUAUAAUUAAAAUUGCCGAGUAAAAAGAAAUGGUGGAAUCUG